AAGAAACAGAGUAAAACUCAGAAGAUUCAUUCUAACAAAUAUCAAAGGUUUCAAUGCUUAGUGUGUAAAAAACAAUUCACGUUCAACUCACAACUUAACUUGCAUCAAAGAAUUCACACUGGGGAGAAGCCCUAUAAAUGCUUAGAGUGUGGGAAGACCUUUGCUCUGAGCUCACGCCUUAAGCAGCAUCAACGAAUUCACACUGGGGAGAAGCCCUAUAAAUGCUUAGAGUGCAGGAAGACCUUUGCUCAGGUCACGCAGCUUAAGCUGCAUCAAAGAAUUCACACUGGGGAGAAGCCCUAUAAAUGCUUAGAGUGCGGGAAGACCUUUGCUCACAGCACACAGCUUAAGCUGCAUCAAAGAAUUCACACUGGGGAGAAGCCCUAUAAAUGCUUAGAAUGCGGGAAGAGCUUUGCUCUGAGCUCACGCCUUAAGCAGCAUCAGCAAAUUCACACUGGGGAGAAGCCCUAUAAAUGCUUAGAAUGCGGGAAGAGCUUUGCUCAAACAGCAAGCUUUAAGCUGCAUCAAAGAAUUCACACUGGGGAGAAGCCCUAUAAAUGCUUAGAAUGCGGGAAGACCUUUGCUCUGAGCUCACGCCUUAAGCAGCAUCAGCAAAUUCACACUGGGGAGAAGCCCUAUAAAUGCUUAGAAUGCGGGAAGAGCUUUGCUCAAACAGCAAGCUUUAAACGGCAUCAAGGAAUUCACACUGGGGAGAAGCCCUAUAAAUGCUUAGAGUGCGGGAAUAGCUUUGCUCGGAGCUCAAGUCUUAAGGAACAUCAAAGAAUUCACUCUGGGAAGGAACCCUAUAAAUGCUUAGAAUGCGGGAAGAGCUUUGCUCAUAGUACAAGCCUUAAGCAGCAUCAAAGAAUUCACACUGGGGAGAAGCCCUAUAAAUGCUUAGAAUGCGGGAAGAGCUUUGCUCACAGCACAAGCCUUAAACGGCAUCAAGGAAUUCAUACUGGGGAGAAGCCCUAUAAAUGCUUAGAAUGCGGGAAGACCUUUGCUCAGACCACACAGCUUAAGCAGCAUCAAGGAAUUCACACCGGGGAGAAGCCCUAUAAAUGCUUUGACUGCGGGAAGACCUUUGCUCGGAGCACAUACCUUAAUCUACAUCAACUAAUUCACACUGAGGAGAAGCCCUAUAAAUGCUUUGACUGCGGGAAGACCUUUGCUCGGAGCACAUACCUUAAUCUACAUCAAAGAAUUCACACUGCGAAGAAGCCCUAUAAAUGCUUUGAGUGUGGGAAGACCUUUGCUCAGAGCACACAGCUUAAGCAGCAUCAACACAUUCACACUGGGGAAAAGCCCUAUAAAUGCGUAGAGUGUGGAAAGAGCUUUGUUUGCCUCGGAAACCUUAAGAGGCAUCAAAGAAUUCACACUGGGGAGAAGCAAAUAAAUGCUUAG